AGGAAACAGACAGGGGGUAAGAGAGAGGGCGAGAGCUCGGGUCUGGAAGAGACGGGGGAGGAAUUCCCUUAUUUACAUCACGGACACAAAGCCUUGGAAGGAAUACAAACAACUUUUCGCAAGAGUUCCUGUUCUUUAACCUAGAUUAAUCGCUCGUUUAUAUUUGAAAAGCGAUGGCCCAAGAGACGAACCAGAGCCCCAUGCCUAUACUGUGUACCACAGGCUGUGGUUUCUAUGGCAACCCUAGGACAAAUGGCAUGUGCUCAGUGUGCUAUAAGGAACACCUGAACAGACAGCAGAGCAGUGAUCGUAGUCCCAUGAGCCCUCUUGCUGGCAGCUCCUCAGCAGAGGCCUCGGCUAUACAGAGACUAGAAGCCAGCAUAAACAAAGCAGAGCCCUCACCUGUACCCAGCACAGAUAGCAUGAGAAAAAGUAUUCCUUCAACUCCCUUACCAGUAACGCAACAAAUGACAGAAAUGAGUAUUUCUAAAGAGGAGAAGGCCCUGUCUCCGAAAGCUGAAGCUGUUGAACCAGUUGUAUCACAGCCCACCUCGUCCUACUCUCCUGUCCCUGUUACCCAGGGCAUCGAUGAGGGCAAGAGCCCAGACUCUUCCAAACCUAAGAAACACAGAUGCUUUACCUGCCGUAAGAGAGUAGGCCUAACAGGUUUUGAUUGUCGAUGUGGUAAUCUAUUCUGUGGAAUUCACCGGUACUCAGACAAGCACAAUUGCACAUAUGAUUACAAGGCAGAGGCUGCUGCGAAGAUCCGCAAGGAGAACCCUGUAGUGGUGGCGGAUAAGAUCCAGAGAAUAUAAGCUUUUCCCUCCAUCUGCGAGAGGGACUGAUCAGAACACUGAUGGUUAAAAUGAAUGAUUUGAUAAACGGACUUGUGUUUUUCUAUCACCUUGACAAGAAGAAAAAAGAGCUACACCAUCUGAGGCUCAUGCAUGAACGAUCUUGCAGAUUUGUUUUUGUAAUGGGUAUUUCUUUCCAUUUUGAUUUCCCUCCUCUUUAUUUUAUUUUAUUCUAGUUAUUCUUCUAUAUUCUUUAGUUUCCUGAAGUGUAGGACACCUUUCAGGAAAUUUGAUUUUUGUUUUGCCUGGUCCUACCCUCACACAAUGGGUGUGGUGGCUACUCUGUGCCAAAAUGUGGCAUUGUAGUUUCUGAGGCAGCAUUGUGUAAGUAGUGUUCAGCCUUUGACUUGUUAUCAUGAAUGACAUUGGAUAUUCAAGAGGUGUGUCAAAGCUUGACCUGACUACCUGAUGUCUGUUGCAUGUGUUGGUCUGUCUAACUGCAAAAACUUUUUUUCUUAUUUUUUGAAAGAGUUUGUCAUUACAGCCUUCAAAUAAAUCUGUAGGAUUACACAAAGUUGAAAAUUAGGGCUGAAACAAUUUUUCAACAUUGACAACGCUGACAAAAAAAAAAAGUUAACUUGUCAUUGUCGAAUAGUCGUUUGAUCUAAUUUAACGUAGAGAUCAUAGGAAACUAAUGAUGGCGUGAGGGGAGCACUGAGGCGUGGAAGAAAACACCGCUCGCAGUCUAGAUGCACUCUAAACUUUCCAAACAGCUUCAGGUGAUGUAGAUCACAAAAUAUGGGGGUAAUUAUACAAUAAGUAAAUACAGAAGCACUCUCGUUGUGGAAUAUGUAGAGCCAGAGCUGCCGCUCCGCUGAAGCAAAACUUGCGUGUCGAGAGUUGUGAAAGGAAACACCCUUGUGUUACAUCUUACAAUGUAGUUAUAUUUAAUGUGUUAUAGCUUUAUUAAAGUUCAAGUAAUAAGAAAGCAGGUCAUGUAAAUAACAACAAACUUCGAAACUGGCAUUUCUGUGCGGUCAGUGUCUCUUCUAUCAGUUGCGUGAAUGUCCCGAUCUAAGGGGGAGAGAUUGAAACUGCACCUGGCUUAUGCACACUGUCGCAGGGACGCUCAUCCCUCGAGCGCGCACGCUUGCUGCAGUUAGAUUAUAAUGUGAUGGCUUGCAAUUUAUUGAAUCAUAUGUCACUGUGCAUUUCUUAUCGAGAAGGAAAUUGGCAAUACACAGCUUUAUUAAUAUGAGAAAGUUCGUUUUUUUUGGUGAGUUAAAGAUGGAUUGAAGUAAAAGAAAACGUGAGAGAGGGUAGUCUUCACCCCAUUAUACACUGCAACAAAAUACAUUUUUGUUUUGGCUUGUUUUCCAAUAUAAAUAUCCAAAACUCCUUUUAAAACAACGUACAUUUUCUUUAGUAGCUAUACUACAGAAGUGUUUUUUUAAAUGAUAGUCUAAUUCACCUGAGAAGCAGCAUAUAAGCCAUUUAGACUUUCUUUUAGAGAAUAGAUCUAAUAUAUAUAUAUAUUUUGUCUUUACUGCACUCACAGAAAUAUAUAAGUGAAAAAAUACACUUGUAUACAAAAUACACUUUUGCUUUAAGAGAAUGUAUCUGAAAUAUAUCUAAAUAUCUUGUAUUUUGCUUCUCAAGUAAAUGUAUUUUAUUUUUUUUAAUUUGUAUGGAUUUUUAGACCAUUUUAAAUGGUAAAUAAGACAAACACUUGAUGACAAUAGGAAUUUUUUGCAGUGAAUUUUUACUGAAACUGAAUAGUGUUUUUUCCUUUAAUUCAGUGAAUGUCAUUUAGGGGGUAUUUUUAAAAGAUGAUUUUGUCCUCUUUAUUGUUAUCAAGCAUGUUUAAUGCAACCUUUAAGUCUGGUACGAGCUGAAUAUUCUGUUAAGAGCUAAUGAUUAAUUGUUGAAAUUGCCGAAUAAUCGUUAGUUUCAGCACUAAUGAAAAUUAGAAUUUGCGGUCGCCCAGUUAUCAGUACUGUUAAGCAUUAUUUUAAAUUGUGAACGUUCUACUGUGAUGUCACACUUUUUUGUUAAAUGAAAGUUUGAGAUUAAUUUGUUUUAUUCCUCUGUAAUGGGCUAUUCUGUUCCCACAUUCUAUAACUAUUAUUCUGUUCCUAUGUUUUAGAGCUUUGAUAACGUCUACAGUUGCAGGGCUUGUGCUCAUUGUCUUCAGUACCAGCACCAAUGCAUUUUUUAUAUAUAUAUAUAUAUAUAUAUAUAUAUAUAUAUAUAUAUAUAUAUAUAUAUAUAUAUUGUGUGGACCUGUAAACAUUUAUUGGAAUGUGAGAUGGUACAGUCUGAGUGUAUUAGUGUGCAAUGGGGAAUUCUGCAUACAGCCCUUCUUCCUGCUGUCAAAGUGAGAUGUGCAAGUCCUCCUUAGACAGUGCAUUUGCAGCACCAAUAUAGUGUAAGCAUUGUCAGAUCUGAGUCUGUGAAAUGUUAUGUUUUUUUUAUAAACGCGCCCACAAUGCACCUGUCUUUGUGUGUGUGUGUGUGUGUGUGUGUGUCUGAAAUGUGAGCGAUUCUGAGUGCAUGUAUUUUGUGUGUAUAUGUCUUUCUCUACAGGGAGUGCGGUUUUCCUUAAAAGACAUGUAUCUGUUGAGAGUAUGUACCUGUGAGUUUUAAUUUCAACUAUUAUAUGCAAAUUUGUAUGGGGGAAAAACACCUUACUAAUGUUCAUAUUUACGUAUUGCAUUUAAUACUUUUACCUGGCAUUAAAGAAGAAUUGUAUUGUAAAUAAAAAUGUACAGAG